AAAAAGCAUCUGUAUUGCUUGUCUUUCAGAGGUGUGAACUUCUUUGCAGAGUGGUCUAAAAGAUCAAUAGUCAGCAUAACUAAUAGCUGCAAAGUGGAAAAGUUUUACUAUGGACAGGUGAUAAAAAAAGAUAUCACGAAGUCAGAUAGUGUAAUUCUCAUUAGUAAGGUAAGAUCCUUCACAGAUUUACCAAAGGCUAAUAUUCUUGAUGGUAUGCUGGCAUUUCUUUAGAGCCCACAAAAAAGAAAAAAAAACCCGGUAAUUACAGGCCAUUACUGAAAGAACUAGGAAAUAAUGUACUUUGUAAAAUAACAGACCUUGGUGGGUUUGGUUUCUGUUGGUUUUGUCAUGCUUUUACUUAGUGUCCGACUCCUUUGCAAACCCUGUGUAGGAUCUAUUUUACCAAAGAUCGGGUCUCUUCUGCAGUGCGUGUUACUGGUUAAUAUGUCAGAGCCUAAUACACAAGUUCUUCAUGGCAAGAAAUAUAUUUUUUCCUCAUAUUCUCUAACAUAAGUAGUAUAACUGUUUAAAUAUUAAAUGGCAGUUAUCAAAAGACACUUGAGAGAAACUUCAC